UGCGCGUUCUUUCCGCGCGCUGCUGCGUGGUAGCUGUUUCUCUCGGGCGUCUAUCGUCUCCCUGGCAGCCUAACUUCACGUCCCGGGCGCUCGUCCCGGGAGCUCGGAAUGUUCCCAGAACUUAAUCACCUUCUCAACACCACCCCCGACAGGGCAGAGCAGGGGAAAUUGACUCUACUGUGUGAUGCCAAGACAGAUGGCAGUUUCCUUGUGCACCACUUUCUCUCCUUCUACCUCAAAGCUAAUUGUAAAGUCUGCUUUGUGGCACUCAUCCAGUCCUUCAGUCACUACAAUAUCGUGGGACAGAAGCUGGGUGUCAGCCUGACCACAGCACGGGAACGUGGGCAGCUCGUGUUCCUCGAGGGUCUCAAGUCUUCAGUGGAUGUCUUCUUCCGGUCUCAGGAGGAGCCACACCCUCUGCAGUUUCUCAGGGAGGCCAACACUGGGAACCUGCAGCCACUGUUUGAGUUUGUGCGGGAGGCCCUGAAGCCUGGGGACAAUGCGGAGGCUGCAUGGAGGUGCCCGGUGCUGCUGGUGGACGACCUGAGUGUGCUGCUGAGCCUGGGUGUGGGGGCAGUGGCCGUGCUGGACUUCAUCCACUACUGCAGAGCCACUGUGUGCUGUGAGCUAAAGGGAAAUAUAGUGACCCUUGUGCACGACAGUGGAGAUGCCGAGGACGAGGAGAAUGACGUCCUGCUGAAUGGCCUUAGUCACCAGAGCCACCUGAUCCUGCGGGCCGAGGGCCUCGCCACUGGCUUCUGCAGGGAUGUGCAUGGGCAGCUGAGGAUCCUGUGGAGGAGACCAUCACAGCUCACAGCGCAGCGGGAUCGCAGCCUCACCUACCAGUACAAGAUACAGGACAAGAGUGUGUCCUUUUUCGCCAAAGGAAUGUCUCCUGCUGUUCUGUGACCUCAGUAGAGGCAGGUGCAGAUACUUUAACUAUUUGCAGAUGUGAAAGAUAAAGCGACCGAAUAGGAGUGGACCUUUGCACCUUUGUAGUAGUAUCUCAGGCUGGACUGGUAGCUCCGUGUGACCCAGCGAUGGCCGAGUGGUGCUGGGCCCGUAUGCCUUUGUUCCCCUGGGCCCUGCUCAGAAAACAUGCGAGGAGUCUGCCGCCCUUCCUCUGCUGAGAGACGCUGCAUGUGGAACCCAGGUGAAAGAGGUCCUUUGGAGCCUUCCAUGUAGAUUUGCUUUAGUCCCAACUACCUGUUUCCCGUUAUGUGCCUUCCGGAGCCUCAGUGGGUAUGAAUGUGCCAGCCGGCAGACAGUCCUGGAUGGCAGGCAUCCCGGGUGACAACCAGGGUAGUCAUGGCUGGUAUCAAGUGAGUUCCUACAUCGUGGCUUCCCGUGGAGUGUGUCAUUUAUUUUCACCUUCACCCUGCAAAGGUAUUUUUCCCUUAAGUCCAGUGAGUCCUUAAGUCCAGGCUUAAAGAGGUUUGAAAGCGUGCUCAAGGUUGUAGAGUAGGUAAUGGACUCCUGACUCUAAAGUCCACGUUUGCUGACUGACCCUCAAGGAAACCAGAGGCAGGUUCCCAGCCCAGUUCACAGGUUCCUCCUGUAUAUGUUGAUGAGACCUAGCCAUCAAGGGCCUAGCACCCUGGUCGUGGUCACAUGAGGCCUUACGUUGGGCCCAGCUGUGUACGGCCUUGGUGAGAGGGGUAAGCAAUGUUCUUGCAGCCAGGGAGGAUGGGGCCUCCUUCACCUGUGAAGACUGCGGGAGGUGAGCUGUUGCCUUAGCAUCCUGUAGAUGCAACUUGCCGCACUCAGCCCCUCAGUCAAGGUCAUCUCAGGGUGGACACCUGGGGUAUUCUUAAAAUGGGUGUUUUUUAUUGUAUGCAAAUUAUACCACAAUGAAUUUGAUUUUAAAAAUUAAAAAAUAACACUGCUUUGCAGGGACUAAGGAAGUUUCAUAUCCAUUAAUUUAAUUUUAACUUUUUUUUUUACAUUUUUUAGUCUUUGUAAAAGGGAACAAUUCAUCACCCUUCUGCUCAAAUCAUACCGACUGUCGCAGCAUACUGAAUAUUGCAGACCUGAUAGAAUAUUUGAAAAUUUUAAGUAUAAGUAACUUAAGAGAAAGUAGUUAUUAAAGAAUGUAAUGAUUCUUUUAUUAGUGCUUCAGUAUUUUUACAAGCUUCAUAUGAACUACAGUUCUGAAUGGACAAGGUGCCACGAAACAUUUUUUACAUGAUAUGAAUGUUGCUAUUAUGUUUCUUCACUUAAUUUGUAAAUGUUUUCACUAAAUUUUUAAUGUUUAAUGGCUAGUCAGCAUUUUAUGGUGUCACUAUAUUCUAAUUUGCUUAGCUAUUCUCUCAGUGUGGAGGUUCUGGAUUUUGUAAUUAUAAAUUAUGCUGUUAUGAAUUUUAUGUACUAUAUCUCUAUAUAGGUAUGGGGGCAAGAACUUGUUUCCUUAGGACAGUCCUUCCUUCCUUCAAGAAAUACCACCUUCUGUAUGGCAGGCUGCUGUAGGCACUGACGGUGUGAUAGUGACAAAAAGGUCCUGCCUGCAACAAAAUUGAGAAGUAAUAUAUGUAACAUGAGUUAGGCUGUGAUGAGUGCUAGAAACGGAGCAGGGAGGGGGCCUAUGAAGAGUGAGGGACGAUGACGUUUUAGAGUCUCCUCCACAAAGCGGAAUUCCUGAAUUGAAGCCUGGACUGGCCUUCAUGUUAUCAGGUUGUUCUUCAGAAUGAUGGAGCCAGCUAGCAGUGAUCCAGGUUGUCCUCCACCAAUGUUGAGUUUCACUUAUUUUUUACUAAUUUAAUAGUUGUGUGGAAAUGGACAUUUCUUUAAUAAUGGAUAAUAAAGGAUAUAAUUUCCUGUUUUUUCCCAUGUGUACAGAAUCUGUUCCUCACUGUUAAUCACUUAUCAAUUAAAAUCUUGUGUCAACCUUAUUUUAUGAAUUGUUUAUAAUAUUUUGGAAAGUAAGAUUUUAUCAUUGUCUUUGUUCAUGUUUAUUUUUCUACAUUCUGGUUUAAAAAAAGUAUUUUCAGAAACA